UCCGCUCGCACCGUGAGCUCAAUCUGUCCGGGACAGACCAGGGAAGAUGGCGGCCACUGACCAUUCCCGGUCCCAAGCUGCUAAGCAGCGACGGCAGGAUCAGCUCCAGCGAUGGCUGGGGUCCGAGACGGAUCGGACGGGGGCGGAGAACCGGGAGAACUCCGGCGGGUCCGGGGCGCGGCGGGCGAAAGUUCGGUUCGCCCAGGGAGCCGUGUUUAUGGCCGCCUGCUCCGCCGGGGACCGGGAGGAGGUGGCGGCGCUGCUCCGCCAGGGAGCUGACAUCAACCACGCCAACAUUGACGGGCUGACAGCGCUUCACCAGGCCUGCAUCGACGAGAACGCCGAGAUGGUGCAGUUCCUGGUGGAGAGCGGGAGCGACGUCAACAGGGGGGACAAUGAAGGCUGGACUCCUCUGCACGCCGCGGCCUCCUGCGGCUUCAUCCAGAUCGCCAAGUACCUGAUAGAGCACGGCGCUCAGGUCGGAGCGGUGAACAGUGAGGGCGAGCUUCCUCUGGACGUCGCCACGGAAGACGCCAUGGAGAGGCUGCUCAAAGCCGAAAUCAAGAAGCAAGCAAUCGAUGUGGAUAAGGCCCGAAAAGAGGAGGAGAGGAUCAUGCUGCAGGACGCCAUGGCGGUGCUGGACGGAGGGGGCGUCCUGACCCCCCACCCAAACACCAAGGCCACGGCGCUGCACGUCGCUGCGGCCAAGGGCUACAUCGAAGUCCUGAAGGUCCUGCUGCAGUGUGGGGUGGACGUGAACAGCAGGGACAUCGACGGAUGGACGCCCCUGCAUGCGGCGGCUCACUGGGGGCAGGAGGAGGUGUGCACCCUGCUCGCCGACAACAUGUGCAACAUGGGUGCCGUCAACAAUGUGGGCCAAACCCCCUUAGACGUCGCAGACGAGAACCUCGCGGACACCCUGGAGGAGUUACAGAAGAAACAGAACGCCCUCCGCAGCGAGAUAGAGAAACAGACUCCUGUUAUUGAGACCAGUCCGCAAAUCUCCGUGGUACAAGUUCGCACACGCAGGACUUCUAUCUCUCGUAUGAGCAGCAAAGAGAAGUUCUGCCUCCACGAGCGGGAGAAGCACCCGCCGCCCGCCCUGCAGAGCAGCCCGGCCGAGGACGAGGAGGAGGAGGGCCAGGCGGGACAGGGCCACCCGCAGAGCCAGGCCAAAGCGUCCAGCAGCUCCAGCUCGGAGGAGGAGAGCGAAUCGGAGAGCGACGCAGAGUCAGAAAAAGCGAAAAACCGAGAAAUCAUAAACAACUUGAACAACAAACGCAACACCACCAGCCUGCUUCCUACCUCCAUGUCAACGGGUACAGCUGCCAGCCAAGUGAAGAAGGAACCCAGCAAGCUCCCGACCACCGAAGCCCCCGGCUCGUGGAGAACGUCUCUGAGGAAAGCGGGCAGCUCCGUGAACCUGGGCUCGGCCGGGCUGUCGGACUCCGGCCAGGACAGCAGCAGACCUCCGUCCGGCCUGGGGAUGACCCGCUCCGCUUCGAGCCCCCGACUCAGCUCCGACACCGACGCCAAGUCUCAGGAGCCGCGGCUCGCUCGGGUACCGCCCAUUCCGACGCGGAGACUCUUCAGUAUUCCAGAUAGCAGCAACGAAACGUCCAACAGCUGGUUAAGCCGUAGCUCCUCUUACACCCGCCGCCUCCACGGUCAGUCAGGGAAUGAUCUCACUAGUUCCACCCCGUCCUUGCUUCUCAGCUCAUCUUAUGGAAAGAGACUGGAUGACCCCGCCGUGACCUCAGCCAGCACUGGACUCAGCCGCCUUAACAGUGUCUCAGCUCAGAGACUUUCUCAGGAACAGACAGAAAAGAAGGAUCAGAACGCCGCCUUAAACUCCCAGAGCUCCACCACGGGCGAGCAGGAGACCAAGCAGAGACGCAAGUCCUACCUGACGCCCGUGCGCGAUGAGGAGGCGGAGGCUCAGAGGAAAGCUCGCUCCAGACACGCACGGCAGUCCCGCCGCUCAACUCAGGGGGUGACGCUGACAGAUCUGCAGGAGGCAGAGAAGACGAUGAAGACGAUGAAGAUGGACAACAAAGGGAGAGAAAAGGAGGAAGAAGAGAAGCAGAAAGAGAAGGAAGCGAAGCAGCAGCAGAAGAAGGGAGAGGAUGGGGAAGUGAGCUGGAGGUCCCGCAUUGCCAGCCUGCAGAAGUCGGACCUGCUGGGCCUGACGCAGCCCGCCGGCGCGCCCCGGCCUCAGACCUCCGACAGGAGAGAUGUUGAGGCCAGCACCGGGGAGAGCGAGACGGAACGGUGGGCCCGGGAGCGCAGAGAGAGGAGGCAGGCUCGGGCCAGGAGGAAGGCGCAGAGGACCGGCGAGGGUGAAGAGAAUGACCCCAGUGGAGAGGAGGAGUUCUCAGGCAGUGGGUUGGAUCAGCAGACGGAUCAUUUGAGCCCGAGGGUGGACGCUUCCUGCAAUGACCGCACUCAGGGAGGAGGAUCUGAGGCCAAGGAUUUUAAGAAGUUGUUCGAGGAGCUGUCGAGGGAAAACAGCCAGCUCCAGUCCCAGCUGCAGGACACGCAGAGGAUCGUGAGUCAGACGAGGCUGGACCUGGAGAAGGCCACACAGAGACAGGAGCGCUUCACCGAUUGCUCAGCACUGUUGGAGCUGGAGAGAAAGGACCGGAGGAUGCUGGAGCGGCGCAUGGCCGAGCUGGAGGAGGAGCUGAAGGUGUUGGUUGACCUGAGAGCCGACAACCAGCGGCUCAAAGACGAGAAUGGAGCACUGAUCCGUGUCAUCAGCAAGCUGUCCAAGUAGCUGAAGACGCAAAGAGACACGAAGAGCAGGGAACCCCCUCCCCUCCCCUCUCCCUCCCUCCCUCCCUCCCUCCCUCCAUCCAUCUAUUCCUCCCUCCCUCCAUACAUUCCUCCCAGUGCCAAAGAACAAGAGAGCGAGAGAGAGGGGAGAGAAGAAGGAGCAACAGAAUGUCCUUCGUACACGAGCACUACAGCUUGACUUGGAUUGUGAAGCCUAUUUAUGGACAGCUGGAGUGUCUUUUGUGUGCCUUUAAAUUGUCACAGGACGACCUGCGGCUGCGGCCCGAGGCCCCCGUAACCCGAGAGCCCACGGCAGCCAGCGAGCUCGCAGCCGGCGCAACACACACCAAACACAACAGCCGUGUGUUGUGACUGUGCAUCAGGGGAAUGCCGACACUUCCUCGACGCACAUUCCACCGAGCACAUAAGACAACUCGAGCCUUAAAGCUCCCACUUAGUAUUUAUUUUUAUGUUGUUUGUUUUUUUUUUGUGAACACUUACAUCGCACAGUCACAAAUUUUUUUCCUCCCCCACCACGUAGUCCAAGUCCAAGUCCAACUCCGACGUGCUGUCAAGCAGUGCUAAAGGUUUUCGGUGUAUCCGUCUGAAGAAGCUCCACUCCGAACCAUACUGCAGGGCUCUGCCUUUCCAUCCUGACCGCCACGGGAAUCCAUGAAGCUCCGCCGGCGUCGUUUUGUUUCCACGUGCAAGUGUUUGAACCCACCUACCUCUCCACCUAUGCACUUCCCCGUGAUUUUUUUUUCUUUCUUCUUUUUUAAUGUUUGUGACCACAGACACACUCCAUGCUCUUAAUGAUGACUGCAGAACCAGGUCAGUCAGCCACAGCACUUUACUCCGCAAAGCAAUUAAAGACCUUUGGGACUUUGCCCAUCGUCCAGAUGACUUUAGUUCAGAGCAGCAGCUUCCCGGGAGACGUUUCCGUUUCCCUCAGCCGAGGGGGCGAUAACAGUUUCCAGAAAUUGCUGUUCUGUCAAAGCCAAUGAUGCCACCAGUGGUUUUAAUUAUUACCACUGAGUAAGAUAUUAUUUUCAUAGAUAUUCAUCAAUUCCUCUCUUACAAGGGAGCAUGGUUAUGUAUAUGUGUAUAAAUGUUAGUCUUGAGUAAUACCCAUUUGAAGUAAAAUUCCAUGUAGCCCGUCUUCACAUGUUGGUUUUCUAAUAUAUUAAAUGGAUGUCUGCACCAUCAUAAUAAAAAAAGUGUGUUUGUAGCAA